GACAUGUGGCCAGUCAUUUACAUCUCUAUUGGUGUGGCUGCACUCCUUCUGAUGGUUGUUGUUAGCUUCUACAUCUACUGGAAAUGCAUAGUUUGCAGUAAAAACAAAACACAGGGCAUUGCAGCGAUUCCCACCAGUGCAGAUCCCAGUGCUCCGCCUAUGCCAGCAGUCAAUGUACCAGUAGGUGUACAUGUGCGUGUACAACAGGCAGCAGGAGCCUACGGUAAUAAUCUCGUCUACGAAAAUGAUAACCUGCGGCCAGCAAGUGCAGAACCCCCCAGAAAUCACUAUGACUCACGUGGAGCUGUGCAGUAUCUGGACAGCAUUCAGCCUCAACAGCCCGGUCACAGCAGCGGUGGGAUUUAUCCAAACGUGGAUCAGUUUCACUUUGAAAGGGUGGAAAGUCAGAGAACCAGACAGAGAUUUCAUUUAGAGCUUUUCAGCAGAUUACGCCAAGCAAGUCUCAGCCGGCAUUAUUACGUUAACCAACGCGAUCUCCGCAAGCAACACGCCGCGUCAAAGCAGCCGGACAAUCAAAAGAGAGUUGGCCACGCGAGGAAGAAAAACAAAGACAACUGUGAAUACAAUAACCCGAUUUACAACACGAGCACAGACCAGCUCAACCGGCUGUAGAGAAUCAAGGACAGAGAUUUAAACUCCUUCCACAGUGAGGAUUACU